CCGCCGCCCCAAUCCCCCAACACGAAACGACCGCCCAGGCCGCCGCCGAUCCCCAGCCAGCUCCGAUGGCCCGCACGAAGCAGACGGCGCGCAAGUCCACUGGCGGCAAGGCGCCGCGGAAGCAGCUGGCGACCAAGGCGGCGCGCAAGUCCGCCCCGGCCACCGGCGGCGUGAAGAAGCCCCACCGUUUCCGCCCGGGGACCGUCGCGCUGCGCGAGAUCCGCAAGUACCAGAAGAGCACGGAGCUGCUCAUCCGCAAGCUCCCGUUCCAGCGGCUGGUGCGGGAGAUCGCGCAGGACUUCAAGACGGACCUGCGCUUCCAGAGCUCCGCCGUCUCGGCCCUCCAGGAGGCCGCCGAGGCGUACCUCGUCGGGCUCUUCGAGGACACCAACCUCUGCGCCAUCCACGCCAAGCGCGUGACCAUCAUGCCCAAGGACAUCCAGCUCGCCCGCCGCAUCCGCGGGGAGCGCGCGUAGGCUCGCAAUGCUUCCUGCCGCCAUGGUUCCUUCUUGGUUGGCCCCGAGGGGAUUGUUUCGUCCUGUUAUCGUAGUCCACCUGUGCUUCGAGUUGUUAUUAGGUUCUAGUCGAUGAUAUGGUCCUGUGAUAUUGAUUACCAGUUCGAAAAUUGCAAUGGAUGUCAUUCAUUUUA